UUAAACAACGCAAUUUUCCAGAAACCUUGACAACGGGUGAAGUCUACUCUGUUCGAAACAGAUUUUAUUUUUGGAAACACAAAACUGUAUUGAAAUCAAAUGUUCCAUCAAUGAGAAAAUUAGCAGAAUAUCGGCCAAAAUCCAUCUUGCGCAAUCUUCUCCCAUUGCCGGUGUUCCGGCCACUGGGCUUCCAUUUGGAGACUGAGAUGGAGUUUGUGAUCAGCACCACAUGGGACAGCCUUCCUGUGGAUCAUGACCCUGUGAAGGUGACGUUUUCUCCCGGGGAUGGAGGGAUGAAGAUGCAGGUGUCUGCUCCCUUCUUCAACAACCCUCCUGGUCCCUCCGGCCCUCCAGGACAGCCCUUCCCUGGCCUCUGGAACUAUGAAGUGGUUGAGGCGUUCUUUCUGGACAGUACUACUGUGAACUAUCUGGAGGUGGAAGUGUGUCCACAUGGACAACACUUGGUGUUACUGCUCUCUGGAAGAGGUCAUGCAUUCAUGCAACAACUGCCUCUGUCGUUCACGGCAACCAUCACAGGAAACAGGUGGGAGGGCGAGGCUCUUCUCCCCUGGUGCUACUUCCCCCCCAACGUGAACAAGAUGAACUCGUACGCCAUCCACGGGUCCGGGGCGGGGCGUACCUACGAGUCCCUCUACCCCGUCCCCCAGGCUGACCUAGUGGAGGGGCAGAAGCCCAACUUCCACCUCUUGGAAUAUUUCCAAGACUUUCGCCUGCAAAGCAUCAUGGGAGGGGACUGGGUCCAGCCCGAGUCGGAUCUCUGGAAGGGAAAGCGAUGAGUCAGGAGAACACACACACUGGAACACACACGCGUGAUGACAGCUAGUGCGACCAAAGUCACGGAGGAGGAACGAUCGAUCUUGAUUAGUUAAUGAUGUCAGACUGGAUGAAAUAUGUUACCAGUUUGUCAGAUGGUUUUAACACCUCACCUCAAACUGCCUUUUACCAACUGCCAGAGGCCUGGUUCAAAACACCCAUGAAGGGGUUUUUAUUUUUCUAUGAAUGAAAGGGAGAAUCAAAGUGUAUUAUAUCUGUGCUUUCUGUUUUAUAGAUUUAUGCCUUUUCUCUGAAAUGAAAGACCAUUGAAUUUGAUCAUUUUCAAUGGUACCUCCAAUUCAUUGUGGGAGUAUCAUUGUUAUUCAAUUAGAUGAAGGCUCAUCAUGACAAGUUUACACUUUUGAUUCAUGGUUUCGUGCAAUGCAUUGAUCAUCACGCACCAAUAUGUCUGUAAUUCAUGAUUGGGACCAAUUCUGCUGUGCUGAAGCUGGAGUAAGGCUGUUUUGCUUCAAUUAUUCCCGAGCAAAUGAAAAUGGAUUGUCUGGCAUCCCAAAUGGCAUCCUAUUCCCUGUUUUAGUGCACUACUUUUCAGAAGUAGUUAACUACAUAGGGAAUAGGGUGCCAUUUGGGUUGCCAGACAUCGAGAUAAUUAGUAGUCAUUAGAUAACGGCCAUAUGUGCCCUUUUUUUGUAAUGAUGUUAAAUGAGCUCUUGGGUCGUCAUUACUUCUGGGAUCCAUAGAGGACUGUUGGCUUAUGGAAUGUUAAUGUACAUAGAUGGGCUGCAGCCUAUUAAAUAAAUACAUGGAGUAAACGCU